UUACAUAUAAUUAGCUAAAAUAUUACUACGUAUUAUCCACGAUGAUUGAUAAAAUGAUAAGGAAAAAUCGGUUACCUUGUUUUUUUUUUUUUUGAGAAAAAAAUAUCUCCCUACUAAUAAACAUUUUCACACAAUUCUUAUAUAUUUGAGCCGUGGAUGGAUCGGGAUUCAUGGCACGAGGCAUCACAUUCAGAAACACCGCCGGAGUCGGAAACGGACAAGCCGUGGCGGUCCGGUGCAGCUCAGAUUUCGCGGUCUUCUAUCACUGCAGCUUUGAAGGCUAUCAAGACACUCUCUACUACCACUCUGACCAUCAAUUCUACCGAGAAUGCGACAUUUACGGCACCGCCGACUUCAUCUUCGGCUUCGGCGCGGUGGUCUUCCAGAACUGCAACAUUUUCGUGCGGAACCCCUCGCCGGGAAACACCAACACCAUCACCGCCGACGGCCGCCGUGACGACGGCGAAAACAGAGUCGGCGGCGGAGCAUGCUUCCACAAGUGCACAGUCACGGCGGCGCCGGACCUGAAGGGCUCCGAGGCCUCCGUGAGGACCUACCUCGGACGGCCGUGGAGCAAUUACUCAACGACCGUCUUCAUGGAGUCAUUUUUGGACAGCUUGAUUGAUCCGGCCGGCUGGUCGGCGUGGAUGGCGGUGGCCCCGCUAAACACUUUAUACUACGGCGAGUAUAUGAACUAUGGGCCGGGGGCGUCAACGGCCCAAAGAGUCAAUUGGGCUGGGUAUCAUGUCAUCAAUGACCCCGCCGAGGCUUCUAAAUUCACCGUGGGAGAAUUCAUCGACGGCGACUCUUGGUUACCCUCCACAGACGUUCCCUUCAUUUCCGGCCUCUCAUAAUUAAUACUCUGUACUCUUUAGAAAGAAAUUAAUUAUUCACUCCUAAUUCAUUUCAAUCACUUGUUGUUUAAUUCAUUGUGUAUAUAUAUUACUUCAAAAAGAAAUGUAUGUAUAGAUAUAUCAUACUACGUAUGUGUUUAUUA